AUGAAUAGAGGUACUAAAGUGAAACAGCCUACAAAUGAGCCCUACUUCUCCUUUGAAAACUUCAUGUUUUCAAAUCUGACGAGAGUGACAACAGAGGAGAAGGAGUGCCAAAUAUGUAAGAGAAUAACCACAAUAGCAUACCUGUAUAAGGACAUAACAUACUACUCGCACUACGAAUGCCUGUCACUGUACUUUUUGUACAGGUUCUUCAGCAUAACGAAGUCUGCACACUACUCACUGAAAGCAGAAAAUAGCGCAACGCCGGAAGUUAGUUCAGAUAAAGGGAACAGGAACAACGAAGGAGAAAGCGUAGAUAACACGAAUGCGAAGAGUAAGGAUCACGAGUCUACCACGGGAAGAGAUGGCAGCAGAGCCACUGAAACGGAAGUGGAAGUCGUGGAUUCCAUUAACGUGGACAAGUCAGAGAACGAAAGCACAAACAAAAGCCCCGGAGUGGAAAGAGCAGUGAAAACCCAGGUUGAUAAGGUCACGCAAGGGAGUAAGACACAGCUUGUGACGCUGUACGAAAUAUUCAAGGAGAGAAUCGAGGAGCCGCUGGACUAUGACUUCUACGGAACGAUGGAAGCAGAUAAGAAGCAGAACGGGAACAAGAAGAGACGCUGCUACUCGUGCGGAAUCACGGAGCCGCACUUCAAGUGCUUCGUGCAGGAGUGCAACAACUACAUGCACGUCAACUGCUCAGGAAACGGACACAUGGUAGUGUACACGAACCCGCUGGUCAACCUUAACGUGUACACAGCACUGAGAAACAAGCCUAUGAACGUAAUAGCACCAAUCAUAAUUAACUCGUCAGUGAGUCAGACGGGAGAAACGGGACCGAGUGAGCAGGAGCUGGUGAUAGACAACUACCUUAAGUUUAACAUAAUACACGUGAAGGAAAGGUUCAUAAGCUACAGGUUCAUGCUCUGCUACAGACACAUCAACGAGAGUAUCAUAAACAACAUUAAGCUGCUCUUCCUGUACAGGUUCAUGAUCAUCAAGGAGUACCAAUACGUGCACAAAAUAAUUAACGUAAUAUCGGAGUAUAACGCAUCAAUAGCGAAGACGAAGGAAGAUAGAAAAAAUCGCACAAUGUAUAGAACGCUACAAGUAAAUGGAAUGACAUCGAGUCUAGGAGUGUCAACACCAUCGAGUAGCAUAGAGCUUAUGGGAGAAAAUAAGAUUCAGGGAGAAGGGAUAGGAGUAAAUAGAGAAACGAGAAAGCCGCAAAACUCACUGCCGAAGAGAGAAGUAAGUAUGAAAAAUGAGUUCAGAAGAGAGACUAUGAUGCUGAGAAACAGAAGUGACCUGGGAAAAAGCGACUACGACCAAGCAGAGGAAAAGGAGGACAGAAGGAGUGCACUGAUGAUCAAUAACCUGAUGUGCGAGUAUAACCUGUACAGGAAGUCGAGUGUGCAGAAAAACAAUAAGCCGUUCAACCCGACGAACUUUAACAUUUUGUUCCAGCCAACGACGCUCUCAAUUAACACGGACACGGCAGAAAACGUGAGCGGGACAGUGGACGUUAACCUAGUAAACAUAAGAGACGACGAGGUGCUGGAAAAUGACAUAAGACUGCUGCUAAACCUGAGCGGUCAAAUCAACAACAUACACGAGCUGAAGAAAAUGACGAUACAGAACGAGUUCAACAUACAGAACGUAGUGCAGGUGAUAAAGCAGCUGCUAUACACGCCGAAGCACACAGACUCGAGUGAGCUGACGCACCUGAAGAACAUCAACAGCAUGAACAAGGGGAUCAGAGAAGGCUUGGAGGAGUACGAACAGAAGGAAGGGGCCACGGAAAAAAUGACGGAAAGGGACAUGUACAGGUCAGUGAUGAAGAAGCCGAAGUUCGCACUGCUGAAGCUCUACAACAAGUACGUAUGGAUGUGCAUGACGAAGCUGGAGAGCGGAGGAAGAGGAGGAGUCCCGGGAGGAGACAGCAAAAUGGCAAUACUGGAGUACGUGGUUCUGAGCAGCAUGGAGUACAUCUACAUCAAAAACGUAGUCAACGCGAUCUACUACCACAACAACAACGUGACGCUGCUGAUGCACGCAGGCGCGAAGAGCAAUAGGCGAGAUGAGGAGCACGAGGAAACGGGAGUCGCCUCAGGAGCCUCAUCGUCAGAAGGAGUGACUGAGAGCACGACGGCAGGCCCGGGAGAAGCAGGAAGAGGAGAAGUGAUUAACCUGUGCGGAUACAGCUGGGACAUGAACCCGCCGCUCUACAAGUUCUACAAAGUGCACCACGCAAGCGCACACUCGCCGUCAAGAGUUAGCAGUGGAGCCAGCGGUGGCGUCGGUAGCAUUAACACAACGUCGACAAACAAGGCAAACAACAUGAGCUCGACAAACAAGGCAAACAACAUGAGCUCGACAAACAAGGCAAACAACGCAAACAGCAUGAGCUCGACAAACAAGGCCGACAACAUGAGCUCGACGAAGGGAAGCGAGGGCGAUGAGGCAGACAAGUAUCAGAACUGCUUCGUGUACAAGCAGUCAAUAGCAAUACUGAGCGCACUGAAGUCGAUCAACAAUAACAUCGAGGCGUACAAGAAGAACAUAGAGAAGAACAUCGCAAAGGACUCAGUGAAGUACAACAACCUGUGCUUCGACGCGGGCUACGUGGACUUCUACAGCAACGUCUCGACUGCGCUCCACAGGUACAACCACUUUAAGCAGUCGAUAAGAAGGUCGAUACUGCACUACAACCCGGUGGACGCGGGGAACAGCACCGACUUUAUGAAGCACAGCGAGGCGAACGACGCAACGAGUAACGCAGAAAAGGGCUACUCAGUGAACACGAGCGGUGAAGGAAAGUAUGUACCAGGAAAAACGACGGACGGAAACUACGAGCAGAAGAAAAGAGAAGGGCAUGGAAGACGCAAAAGCAACAAGGAAGAAGAAGAAGAGGACGAUGAUGAUGAUGAUGGGAACAACAACGAAGGAGGAAAUGAUAGAGGCAGUAACGCAAUGGACGUGGACGAGACGAGAUAUGGGCAUAAGAGUAGUGGUGUUGCUUCUGAUAUUGGUACUGGUAUUGGUACUGUUGCUAAUAAUGCUAAUAUCGGAGGAGACAGCGCCAAGUAUUUUGGAAAAAGCAGCAGUGGCAUCAGUAGAGGGAGGUCAGAAGAAGUUGGAUGCUCAAGAGGUAGCUCCAUGACGAAGGAGGAGGACUACGACGUGGCCAUCGACGCAGCAGUGGAUAUCAGAUUGGGGAGCUCGAAUAAUGCAUCGGAUGACAAGAGAGGCACGUCUCUAGCAAGCGGACGCAUAAGAAGAGCAACGAGUCUGUCGUCAGGGCUGCGAAGUAAAAGGAACUCGUUCAUGAUGGAGGAAAGCAGCUACCCGGAGAAGAAGCACGAAGUUGAAGCAAGUAAUAGCGGUGUUGGUGGUGUCAGUGGUAGUGCAGCCGCCAGAGUUGGAGGUAAAACGAGUGGCGGCAGCAUGAAUACACGCAGUGCAGCAGCCAACAGCAGUAGCUUUGGUAUUGGUAGUGGCAGUGGUAUUGGUAGUGGUAAUAACGCUGGUAGUGGUAUUGGUAAUAACGCUGGUAGUGGUAUUGGUAAUAACGCUGGUAGUGGUAUUGGUAUUGGCAGUGGCGGAAAAUUGAGCGGAGGGGCAAAUAGCGGUACGAAUACAAUCAACAGCACGGGUAUAGUGAGUAGCGGGCUGGGAAAAAGGUACUCGGUAAUCAGAAGGACGGACAGUGGCCACGGUACCAGCAUCAAUAGUGGCGCCAGCAGCCGGGCCAAUAGUAACAACAGCAUCGCCAGCAGCCACGGCACAAGUAACAGUGGUGCCGGCGGUCGGGUCAAUAGUGGACACGGCAAUAGUGGUCUGAGGAGUAGCAGUCAAGGUGCCAGUAAUAGCAGUAAUAGUAGCCAUCGUAGCAAUCCGGUAAGAAACACGCGCAACGCUAAGAGGGAUGACUACGUGGGGAAACACGAAGACGAGGACAAAGACCAGGCAGAAAUGGGAAAAGGAGGCAACGAAGGAAGCGUGGGAGACUACGGAAGCUACAAGUCGAGCAUAGGGAACGAAGAGGCAGGAGGAGCGGAGGGGGGAAAGGAGCGAGGAGAAAAGGUAAAGAUAACGAAGGAGUACUGCUCAGUGUGCCUGCUGAGUGAGCUGAGCCACAAGCACAUCCUGAUACAGUGCCAAAAGUGCUACCUGAGAAUACACUACAAGUGCUACUACAACUACAGGCUCUCGAACCAGCUCAAUAACCCGACGGCGAGUCCAGCGCCGAAGGACAAGGAGACAAAGUCGGGUUUCUACUGCGACCCGUGCAGCAAGGAGUACAACCAGCGCUACGAAACAAACUACAACUCAGCAAUAUGCGUCGCCUGCCUCUCCUCAGGAGGAGCAAUGAAGGCAAUAUACGUCCCCUCAAGCGCAGGGAGCAGCAGCGCAAACUACCAGGCGUACAGAGGAUACGGAGGAGACGGAGCGGGACAAGGAGUGAGCACGAGUCAGCAGCAAAGCAACUACCAGUACGACACGAAGGCGAGCGAUAUGAACAGGCAGACCUACAGAGGAGUGACCUACGGGCCAGGGACAGUAAACGGGUACGGAGGAUACGCGGGAGGAUACGCAAACAUGAACUCGCGGACGAAGAACGCGAAGGCGGACAGGAAGGCGGGAGAGGACGAAAAGUGGAUACACCUGAUGUGUCUCGUCUUCCUGAUGCCGAAGGUGGUCUGCUACGACUUCAUUAACCUGAACCAGUGGUACCUGCCUAACAGAAUGGAGUCAAUGUCGACGUGCUCAAUAUGCGGAGUGAUAGGAGGAAUACAGGUGAGGUGCACGUACUCGGCGCAUAACGAAAGGGAAGGGGGCUACGGCGAGGAGAACAACGUGGGAAUCGGUGGUCACAACAGCGGCUUAAGCAGCAAUGAUACGGGUACCGUUGGCGUUAGUGGCCACAAGAGAGGCGUAAGCAAUGGAGUGGGUACAAUGACGAACAUGAACGGCAACCCUAAGGAGAGACAGCAAAGUCACAGCCAGGGAGACAACGGAGUUAACGGAGGCUCAAAGGCCGGCGGCAGGUCCGAGUGCGAACUCACGUUCCACCCAAUGUGCUGUCUGCUGAGCGGCUGCUACGUCAGGUACUCGAACAAGAACAACCUUAACCUGAAGCAGUACCAGCUGCACACGUUCAUGGGCAACUUCGUCGGCGAGGCGACGCAUAGCGAGGGCCAGGACGACCAGGCGGCAUUCGGAGCAGCCUGCGCCAGGAACCCGGGCUCGAAAAGGGACCCGGACGGCGUGCUGAGCAACCUGUUCCAGUCGAUAGUGCUGGAGCCGCUUUGCCUGAAGCACACGAUAGAGCUGCACACGGAAAAAUUUGUAAGAGAACAGACGGCGAAUAGAUGCUAUGCAUAUACGCAUUAUCUAUACCAUCCAGACGGAUUUAAAAACAAAAAGAAGUAUAAUUCACUGCCCCUGGAGCCAAUAUACUCCCCAGUAACGAUAACGAAAAACGGACCGGUGAAGUCACAGCCGAGAAUACUACCACAGCAUUACGAUUCUAACUUCCCAGAUGUUGUAACGAAGAGAGCGAAAUACAAUGAACCGUAUCUAAUAUCAGUGGUAUACGGACUGCCCAAGGCAAUGUGCGGAGAUGUUCCGAAAUAUGGAAUCACAGCAAUAACAAACUACCUGUCAAACAGUCAACAGUGGAACAACAAACACAAUGUUAGUAGGCCAGGAACAAGCCAAAACAAUAACCAGCAAAGCAAAGAAAACGAAACUAGAAAUAUGUGCGAGGAUAAAAUGUGGAUAUCAAAGUUCCAACAACAAUAUAUGAUAAAUAAGUAA